AUGCAAGAGAUAGGCAAGUUCGGAACGGAAGUAAAUGUGAUACCAAAUAAUAUGGAAAAAUACAUAUCAUUCUCCCUUGGUAAAUAUCUGGCUUUCAUAGACUCUAUCCAAUUCAUGUCCUCUUCUCUAGAGGAACUCGUUGGCAAUCUGUCAUCUGAGGACUUCAGGAUAGUAGGAAAGCGCUGGCAAGGAGAGGACUUUAAGCUGGUUACUCAAAAGGGUCUCUUCCCCUAUGAGAUCAUGGAUGGUAUGGAUAAGCUACAGUCAGAGGGGCUUCCAAGUAAGGACGAGUUCUACUCCACAUUGUAUGAGUCUGAUGUAAGCAAUGAAGAUUACCAAAGAGCACAGAGAGUAUGGAGUCACUUCAACAUGAAAACAACGAGGAACUACCAUGACCUCUACCUGGAGACUGACGUUCUUCUGUUAGCAGACGUAUUUGAAAACUUUAGGAGAACCUGUAUGGAAAGCUACGAGUUAGACCCAGCACAUUACGUGUCAGCAUCCGGCCUAAGUUGGGACGCCUUCCUGAAAAGGUCAGGUAAGGAAAUUGAAUUGGUAAGUGAUAUGGAUCUGUUCCAGUUCUUCGAGAGAG